UCUUCUGCCUUCUUUUACGUUGCGAGCGGUUGCAGGGUCGUCCACGUUGGAAGACCGUUCCGUGUGGUUUUAGAUAGUCACGCGUAAUCAACUUUCAUCCACGUUUUUUUCUAUAAAAGUCCUCGGUGUAAACUACAAAAAUGCCUCCUAAAUUCGAUCCCAAUGAAAUAAAGAAAGUCUAUCUGCGAUGCGUUGGUGGCGAAGUAGGUGCUACCUCGUCUCUCGCUCCAAAAAUUGGUCCUCUUGGAUUGUCUCCCAAGAAGGUUGGUGACGACAUCGCGAAGGCCACCAGUGAUUGGAAAGGUCUAAAAAUCACUGUUCAACUGACCAUUCAAAACAGACAGGCGACAAUUUCUGUCGUACCGUCAGCAGCCUCUCUGAUAAUCAAAGCUCUGAAAGAACCACCUAGGGAUCGCAAGAGACAAAAGAAUAUCAAACACAGCGGCAAUUUGACAUUCGACGACAUUGUUUCUAUUGCUCGCGCAAUGAGACCGAGAUCCAUGUCGCGAACUCUCAGCGGCACGGUUAAAGAGAUUCUGGGAACGUGUCAGUCGGUCGGCUGCACGGUAGAAGGCAGACCGCCUCACGAUCUAAUAGACGACAUCAAUGGAGGAGAGUUAGAAGUUCCCGAGGAAUAAGUUUUUUUUAGACCUUUGUAAGGAGCGGAAAAUAAAACAAAUUUAAACAUA